AUCGGCGAACUUGGUCUUGGACCAAGGAUAUUCAGGUUGGAGGCGGCAUAUGUCCAGUGACCCCCCAAGGCUCAGCUUAGUCUCCGGAAGCCGACACUUGACGAAGCUUCCUGUGUUCGGAGGGUGGACACCAGCCACCUCCCUUCUACCCUCGCCGCCGGUUUCGCCUCUCCUCUCUCCCUCGGAAACCCUAACCCUAGCGCGAAUUACGUGAUUGCAUCUUGAAGUGGGGAAGGAGGGGGUUUUUCUUAAAGUUUGUAUCUUGUAAUUGGGAAGCUUUGUGAACCCGGACUGCCAGAUCUAUGGAGUACUCUUCAAGCGAAGAUGAUGAGCUGGUGGAAGAUUGCGUGGAUCUUGAAGAAGAUAUUGGGGCGUCAGAUGUUGAUCAGCGCACUAGCGAAGUUACCGCCUCGCUUCAUUUUGGAGACCAGCUCUGUAAUUCUGUGGUAACGGUUGAGAAUUCCGUCGGAAAUGUGCUACUCACAACCGAUGGAGAAGUAAAAAACGAGGAACCUUACCUGGGAAUGGUGUUUGAUUCUGACUCGUCCGCGAGGGCUUUCUAUAAUGCUUAUGCUCUCCGCAUUGGGUUUGGCAUUCGGGUUGCCAGGUCUCGGAGUGAGAGGCGGAAGGGUGUUGAGGUGUUGGUCAUGAAGAGAUUUGUCUGCCUGAAGGAGGGUCACCACAAGAAGAAGGUAACUGAGUACACCACCAAGAAAAAAAGGAAGCGCUUGUCCAUUAGGGAUGGGUGCCCAGCAAUGAUGGAGGUGGUUCGAAGAGGACCCGAUAAAUGGGUGGUUACCAAGUUAGUAUUGGAGCAUACGCAUGUUGUAGUUAGUCCAGAUAAGGUCCGUGAGAUCCAGCUUAAUCACCUCUCUGGAAAGGACCGGGAGCAUGAGAACUACUUGAGAGAGAUGAGGCAGAAGAUCUUUGGAGAAGGUGAUGCUCAAGGCCUCCUCGAGUAUUUUAAGAGGAUGCAGGCUGAGAAUUCUGGGUUCUUCUAUGCUGUGCAGGUUGACAACAGGAACUGUAUGACCAACGUCUUUUGGGCUGAUGCCAAAGCUAGAAUGGCUUAUAACUAUUUUGGGGAUGCCGUCACAUUUGACACGACAUAUAAGAAGAAUGAGAACAUGAUCCCAUUUGCUGCAUUCACAGGUGUGAAUCAUCAUGGACAGCCUGUGGUUUUUGGAUGUGCGUUGGUUGUAGAUAAGACAGAAUCCUCAUUUGCUUGGUUGUUUGAAACAUGGCUUACAGCAAUGUUUGGACAUCGCCCUAUCUCAUUUACCACUGACCAGGGCAAGGCUAUGGAAGUAGCAGUUGCAAAGGUGUUUCCCAACACACGCCAUCGUGUAUGCAGGUGGCGUGUCUUAUCUAGGUGCAAGAAGAAGUUAUCUGAUGUAUGUUCUAGGUAUCCUACUUUUUAUGUUGAAUUAAAGAAAUGCGUCAAUGAGUCUGACACUGAUGAUGUCUUUGAAAUGUACUGGAGGUCGAUUCUUGAUAAGUAUGGUUUGAGGGAGAACACUUGGUUGCAAUUGCUGUAUAAUGUUCGCCAUAAAUGGGUUCCAGCAUACCUAAAGAGCUUUUUCUUUGCAGAAUUGUCUACAACUCAAAAAUUAGAAAGUAUGAACAGGUUUUAUAGAAACAACUUUGAUAAGAAGAUCUCUUUGCAUGCAUUUAUUGCAAAAUUUGAUCAAGCAAUGGAUUGUCGAUUUGAAAGGGAAGCCCAAGAAGAUCUAGCUGUACUCCAUGACCAACGGAUUUUGAAGACAGAUGCACCUUUGGAGAAACAAGCAGCUAAUAUAUACACGAGAACGGUAUUUGAGAAGUUUCAAGUGGAAUUGAUCGAAGCCCUAGACUAUUCAGUGAAAAUUCAGGAUGGGGCUAUCAGCAAGUUCUCUGUUGAAAGAGAUGGAGAUGCUUGUAACAGGCACAUUGUUUUUCUUAAUGUAUCAGAAAAGAAAGCAUGUUGUAGUUGCUCCAAAUUUGACUUUUCAGGAAUAUUAUGUAGGCAUGUUUUGGCAGUGUUCUUGGUAACUGGUGUGAUUCUACUUCCAGAACAUUAUAUUUUGAAAAGAUGGACAAGGAAGGCAAAGAGUGGUCUGGUAUUGGAGGAUGACCGUGGUGUUGAAUUUCAAAAUUACUGUCAGAGUUCCCCAAUUUUACGGUACAAUGAUCUUGUUCAUGAUGCCAUGAAAUGUGUAGAGAAGGGAGCAGCUUCUGCAGAGACUUACAAGAUUGUAAAGGAUAUUCUACAAAAAGCUUUUGCUGAAAUUGUUGCACUUGAAGAAAAUGUGGCUAAAGCUAGGUCACAUCAUGCAGAAAACAUGUAAGAAGAUAAAAAUUGGUAGCAUGAUGAAUUAACUGCUACUGCUUUCAAAGCAUAGAGGCUGAAGCAUGCUUGGAAAGUGGAGGUCAGGGGUCAAGAGAUAAUGACAUCGCUGAGCAAAUUUCCAGUCUAAAGUUUUCAACUUUGCUUGGCUGUGUGCCUAGCCAGGUCAAUGUAGAUAUUCAUAUUGCCAAGAUUGCACCUUCAUAUUCCAUGUGUGGAUUUCAUGGCUAGAUGUUACAUAUUAGGAAAAAUUUUUACAUUAACGGUCAUAGAUAGAUCUCAUUCUGCUUGCUUUUCCACUUUUGAAUUAACAACCCGUUGUCUCAUAUAGUACUUGCAUGUUUAAGUUGGAAUGAAAAGCUUAUUUGAUCUAUAGAUUUUGGUCAGUCAACUCAUUGCUCUCA